UAACUAACAAACAAACAAAGAGUGAUGUUUUGUUGACGAAAAAUAGUUCAAUUCAAUCAAUAAUUACCCUUUCUUCAAUCAGAAGGAAAAAAUAAUUGAUACUAGUACCAGUGAGUGAGUGUUUGAUCGAUAUUGAUAUAUUUAUUAUAUCAAUCAAGACAUAUAUAUAUAUAUAUAUAUAUAUAUUUAUAUAUCUAUGGCUGUUGUUGAGAACGGUGUGUCGAAUAACAACGUGGUCGAAACAAACGAUAUAGUCGUUCAGUCGGAUUUGAAUGCUGCUGGGUCAAAUGGUGAUUUAGCUAAUGGAAAUGGUGAUUUAGUUAAUGGAAAAAGUGAUUUAGUUAACGGAAACGGUGUGUCGAAGCAUCAUGAGGAGGAAAAGGAAUUUAAGAAAGAAAUGAGAGAUUUGGAGGAAAUGCUAUCGAAUUUGAACCCCAUGGCUGAAGAAUUUGUGCCACCGUCCUUGUCGAAAAACAAUGGUUUUAAUAAUAAUAGGAUUAUGUUACCACCGCCGCCCGCCAUUGCUGCUGGUCAUUUUGGUUAUCCUGUUGUUAAUGAUUUCUUGAUUCAGACUAACCACCCAGCGUUUGCUAAUGUUAACGGUGUUUCCAAUGGACGGAAGAAGGGUAAUUUUGGUAAUGGAAAGCGGAGGAUGAAUAGCCGAACUAAUAUGGCACAACGAGAAGAUGCCAUUAAGAGAACUAUUCACGUGUCUGACAUCGAUCAGCAGGUAACUGAAGAACAGCUUGCAGCACUUUUUGUUAAUUGCGGGCAGGUUGUUGAUUGCCGUGUAUGUGGUGACCCUAAUUCUGUUCUUCGUUUUGCUUUCAUCGAGUUUACUGAUGAGGAAGGUGCAAGGAAUGCACUGAGUCUUGCUGGAACGAUGCUCGGGUAUUACCCUGUUAGGGUGCUGCCUUCAAAAACUGCAAUUGCACCAGUAAAUCCAACUUUUCUUCCCCGGUCCGAGGAUGAAAGGGAAAUGUGUGCAAGAACUAUUUAUUGUACUAACAUUGAUAAGAAGGUUACCCAGGCAGAUGUCAAACUCUUCUUUGAGUCAUUCUGUGGAGAGGUUUACCGCUUGAGGUUGCUUGGAGACUAUCAUCAUUCAUCUCGUAUUGCAUUUGUGGAGUUUGUGAUGGCUGAGAGUGCAAUUGCAGCUCUGAACUGUAGCGGUGCAGUACUGGGAUCAUUGCCAAUAAGGGUAAGCCCUUCAAAGACCCCAGUUCGCCCACGUUCACCUCGCUCUACCGUGCACUGACACAUUUGCUGCCAAUAGCUAUAUCUUAAUAUACGUAGAUACACGGAAACUAUUGACGUUUAUGUUUUUCGUUUGUGUUUGAUGCAUCUCGGAGCCCAAGUAUGUUUAUAGAUUUAUUUAAUUGUAGAGAGUCAAGAUGGAAAUCCGAGAAUUGCCAGUCUUGGUUGUGUUUAUGAGGAGCAUACAUUUUUGGAUAUUAUUGUCAUGAGAAACCAUGAUUUAUUUC